UUCAUAUUUCUUCGCGUUUCCGUUUCUAAACCUCGCAAAGAUCUUGCUGAUUAAUCGGAUAAAAUUCGGCAUGAUUUCUUCACAAGACACAAAUGAUGUAUCGGUAACGGUAUCAUGAAUCCAGUAAGAUUCUCUUCGACGGAAUUUCGAUGUUAUCGGAAUUAUUACAUGCAAAGAGAUUUUGUGAACCGGGUCAGUCUCAAGAGUAGCGAUUAUUAACGGAAGGAAUAUAACGGAUAUGGAAACUAUGGAGUUGUACAAAAGACUGCCCGCGAACGGAUACAAAGAGCUUGCUGGGUAUCAUCGCGGUGACUUUUGCUCCAAUUGCGGACAAAACGAGUACGAGGACGCGUUGCGCAGCAUCGCGACACGAAAGAGGAGAACGAGGAGAUACGAAAAGCACUGCCCCUCGUGCCACUGUCCGCCCGAGAGACGAAGAUCUCCAUCCAGUGGACCAAGGACUUUGGAAAAUGUUGAGGCUACGCUAAAUCGAUACGAGCGCGUCUUUGCAGAACCGAUCAGCUCGACUAUCAAGAAGUCGCAGAGCAGUCCUCUGUCGCAGAAAGUAUACUGGCAUGAUUGCCAGACUGGUGCGCAUUCUCGUUGUCCUAGAAGAUCGCUGCAGCAAGCUCGUCGUCAGCGGAGAACCGAACACGAUAGAUAUUUAUGUAGGAUGAAGGGAGACACGAUGAACUCAGAACUGAUUAACAACGAUAUCGAAGCUUGCUCCAAGUACGCGCAAUCGGUACCAAUCAAGAGCUCGUUGAAGAGGCAUAAUCACUGCAGAGAGCAUGAAGGAUCGCCGGACGAGCAAGAAUAUUCCGAUGCUGAGAGCGAGGUAUCGACGAAGUACGCUCCGUGCAUUCGCCAAUCGAAAAAGAGAGAAGAGAAGGAAUCGCACAUAAUAAAUCCACAUCUCGGAUCGAAACGUUACCAAGGUGUAGGCGGGGACGGUGAAUAUAUCACGGAGAUGAGGAACAUCGAGAGCGACAUCGACUGCCGGCGAAACGCACGCGAAUAUCAGGAAACGCGAAAGCUUGUUCUAGAACUGGAGAGGCUGAAGAUGAGGGGCGACGGCGAAGCAACAGCGGUGACGAGGGUAAACGAGGACGAUAAGAAGCUCGACAGACGGAGGCACGAUGUCGUCGCGAGAAUGACGAAACAGAAGAGAUCCGGCGACGCUGCUGCAACGAGCGAACAAUCCGCGCUGAUUAAGGAGUCAAUUGAUGGAUCCGCGAAGAAACUUAACGAACCUACGCAUUUAGCGAAGUUGGAUCUCCAUGCCACCAAGACUCGCAUUUUGGAAUCGAUCGAUCAUAUGCUCGGUACCAUGGAUGACGUAAAAAGAGAGAAUGAUGCACCAAUACAACAAGAAGAAACAGAACAAGAGACCAUCGAGAAGAUAACUCGUGAACUCCAGGAAAACGGCUGGCAGUUAUUGUUCAACGCUUUGACGAUACAUAGGAAUUCGACAGAUUCCGGUAAAAGAACCGUUCGUCUGGAAUGUCUGAAUCAUAUUCGGCAACAACUCGACAAACUCUAUGCCCUCGAAUCGACUUUGGACAAUUGCCCGCUUAAAUUACAAUCCCUAUCGAACAACGAUAUAUUAUGGAACGAAGAACAUCAACAGACGCAAUUGGAGCACAAAAUUGCGGAUUCUUGAGUUUACCCAAAUGCUUGGUUUGCGUUUUCUCUUUUGUGAAAUCUGUCAAAGAACUGUGAUAAAUUUCAGAUCCAUGCGUAGAUUUCGCAAAAAUAUAUAUACGUAUACGUUCGUAAGUAUCGUGAAUAUUUGCGAAAUACAGUUAUAGCAUAAAAUAAUUGCAAACGCAAGUAUCAUCAUGCGUUAAAAAUACAGAUUGUUAAAGUAUACAUUAUUGAAAUGUCUGCACGUGUUGUGCGAAUCAAUAUUUUUAAGAUAAACAUAUAUAAAAUUUUAUAGAAUAUAAAUAUUAAUGGAAUUUGUAAAAAAAAUCUGAUGUUAUUACUUGCUCGCAAAUUCUAGAGCUAGAUUAAAGUUGUUCAGUUAGUUGGCCGUUUAUCUUUUAGGCCAAGAUUUAAUUGAUAGCAAUAGCUUUAUUUUGAAACGUUUUAAGUAUACAUCAGAGUACAUAACUACUCUAUUUUCUUUCCGCUGUCAAGCUAAACAAGGUACGUGUAAUAUUAAAUUGUUUCCAUUCGGUAGAUAGUUCUCUUUGCGAUGAGAGGUGCGCAUGAAUUCAUUAUAUAUAUAUAUAUAUGUGUGUGUGUGUGUGUAUUUUAGGCUCUUCUUGCAAUUACUACGCAUGUAUACUCUCAAUAUAUAUGCAUACAUAUAUAUAUAUAUAUAUA